GUGUGACGCGUCGAAAUAAUUUUCAAGCAUGCUGAAGUAUACGACGAAGAGCACGAUGUUUCGCGAGAGAAUGGCACGAUGCGGCAAAGACUCUUUCUACACGUACACGAAGCGAAGGUUGCCGAUUUUGUCUUGGCUCAGAACGUACAAGCUCACGUGGCUGCCUCAAGAUGUAUUGGCCGGCUUCACGGUUGGUCUCACCGCUAUUCCGCAAGGUAUCGCUUACGGUAUCGUUGCUGGAUUAAGCCCCGAGUACGGUUUAUACGCCUCUUUCAUGGCAUCCUUCGUCUACAUUAUUUUCGGUUCCUGCAAUAGUAUUACCAUUGGACCAACAGCUAUCAUGGCGACAAUGGUCCGUCCUUUAGUAUUGAAUUACAGCGCGGAUAUGGUUGUGCUACUUUCCUUUUUGAAGGGCUGUAUUAUAGCGUUGCUAGGCUUGUUCCAUUUGGGUUUCCUCCUGGAUUUCAUUUCGUUGCCUGUGAUCACGGGUUUCACAGCGGCAGCUGCCAUCAACAUAGCCGCUUCUCAGUUCAAACCGUUGUUAGGGAUUCCUGGUAGAAGCGAAGAUUUGGUAGAUUCGUUGAUCUCAGUUUUCUCGAAUCUGAAAAAGAUCCGCUAUCAGGACACGUUGCUCGGUACAGCGACGAUAUUGGCUCUAGUCAUAUGCAAGAACUUGCCGGGACGUCGAAGUGGCACUUGGCCACAGAAGAUUGCUUGGAUCGUCGCUCUUGCGCGUAACGCCCUGGUGGUCAUCGUAGGAACUGCCAUGACGUAUAUCUUUUACGUGAACGGGCAGGAACCGUUUCAGUUAACCGGAUCGAUGGGUAAUGGAUUGCCUUCGUUUGGACCGCCACCAUUCACGAUCACCGCCAACAAUAACACGUACAACUUCACUAGUAUAGUGACUGCGAUGGGAACGACUCUUAUCUCCGUUCCAGUUGUAUCUACGAUCGAGCACAUGGCGAUAGCAAAAGCUUUCGCAAUGGGGAAAUCUUUGGACGCCACGCAGGAAAUGUUCGCGCUGGGAUUGUGCAACAUGUUUGGCUCGUUCGUUCGGUCAAUGCCAGUCACGGGUUCUUUCACUCGAACUGCUGUCAAUCAUUCCUCCGGAGUUAAGACCACAUUUGGAGGUCUUUUUACUGGUGCUCUCGUGUUACUUGCAUCUAGUCUCCUUACAUCCACGUUUCGUUUCAUUCCUAAAGCCACUUUGGCCGGCCUUAUUAUAUGCGCUAUGUACUACAUGCUCGACUUUAAAACGUACGGUGUACUAUGGCGUGCCAAGAAGAUCGACUUUUUCUUAAUGCUGAUCACCUUACUGUUCUGCGUGUUUCUGAAACUCGAAUGGGGAAUUAUUAUCGGUAUAAUAUUAAAUCUCGUAGUAUUGUUAUAUUUCUCGGCACGACCGCCUGUCUACACCGAAAUCGAGCAGCUGGAAGAUAAAUCCGUGAUACGGGUUAUGCCCGAGGAAACUGUUACGUUUCCAGCGGCGGAAAAUUUCCGAGCCAAGAUAAUGAAGCUUUCCGAAGAAAAUUCGUGCGAUGUUCUGCUCGACUGCAAAAAUUUGAAGAGGAUCGAUAUCACGGUGGCAAAGAACCUCAAGCUGUUGUCCAACGAUCUGCGGCUUCGUGGACAAACGAUCGUCUGUGUAAAUUGCCACGAUAACGUUGAAGCUGUACUGAAAACCAUUGCUCCGGACCUCCGAAUAAAUUUAUAA